GCCGCUUUAAGAGAAGGCUGAACUACGCGAGAGAGGAAGUGAUAGCGACCCAGAGAAAGAGACAGACAGGGAGAGAGAGAGAGACACGGGGCAGGUGGGAGAGACAGACAGGGGCUGGAGAGAGAGACAGACAGGGGGCAGGUGGGAGAGAUUGGGGCAGGAGACAGACGGCUGUAGGGCGGGGGCGGCUGCGGACAGCUGGGGGUGACUUCCUGCUAUGCUCAGAUAGCUGAGGGGCCGCACAGGUGAGCAGCUCCCAUUCCUACCAGCAGGAGGCGCCGCCAGGAUGAGUGAGACCGCGGUGGUCGCCGCCAGGGCCACCGUCAUGCUGUAUGAUGAUUCCAGUAAGAAGUGGAUCAAUGCCGGGGCUGGCCCCACCGGACACAGCCGAGUCCAGCUGUACUACAGCCCGGGGCCCCAGACCUACCGCGUGGUGGGGCGGAAGAUCUCCGAUCAACAGGUUGUUAUUAAUUGCCCCCUGGUCCGUGGAUUGAAGUACAAUCAGGCCACGCCCAAUUUCCACCAGUGGCGGGAUGCGCGGCAGGUGUGGGGGCUGAACUUCGGCAGUAAGGAGGAGGCCGGACAGUUCGCUGCUGGGAUAUUGCAGGCGCUCGAAUGUCUGGACACAGGUGCUGCCUGGCCCAGUCAGCAGAAUGGACCCAAAGUGGAAGAGCAGGAGCCACCCAGGAAGCUGCAGCCAGAACUGGAGGCCAGAGUCCAGAGUCCAGUUGCGCCAGUGACCCCGUCAUCAGCUGGACCUCCUGCACCGCCAGGACCUCCUGCACCGCCAGGACCUCCUCCACCGCCAGGACCACCACCUCCUCCUGGGGCUCCACCAGCUCCUCCUGGGAGUGGACCUCCCCCUGCUCCCCCUCUGCCUUCAGGAGGUGGAGCUGUGACCAAUGGAGGAGGCCUGGCCGCCGCAUUAGCUGCCGCCAAGCUGAAGAAAGCGACAAAGGAUGAGUCGGGGGGCUCCUCUCCCAGUAGUGGGGUGCCGUCCAAACCAGACAUUAGCCGCACCAGUGGAGGAGCAUCGACAGGCGGCGGAGGUGGAGGACUCAUGCAGGAGAUGAAUCAGAUGCUGGCCCGCAGGAAGAAGAUGAGUGAUCGCCCAACCCCCACUGCCACACAGGACGAUAAUGACAUCAGCAGUGGGCGGAGCCAGGCUGACUCGGCUCGUCGUCCUUGGGACAGGGGAAGCACCACGUUGCCGAGGAUGAAGUCCACAGUCAGCAGCCCCGAUGUGGCCCCAAGCUCCGAGGAGUCUGAUUCAAUGGAGAGGAUUAAGCAGGAGUUAUUGGAAGAAAUGAGGAAGGAGCUGCAGAAGGUGAAGGAGGAGAUCAUAGAAGCCUUCAUGCAGGAACUGCGCAGGACCAGCACCUCGUGAUUCUGGCGACCGCCUACUGUGAAGUCUCAGGCUCCACCCACUGCGCUGCACCGCAGACUCUGCAAUCAUUCCCAUGCUGGGGGCGACAGGCCCGUCAAUCAAGGUCUACGGGCAACCUGUACCCUUCACAGCCCUGUAUUGCUGCUGGGCCCGCUGGCUCCUACUGUACUAACACAUGCUCUGUGCCUCUCCCUGAACUGCUCCUCCUCCAUCUCCUCUCCCUGAACUGC